GCCCAUGAGAUGCCCCACCCUUCAAAGUAAUAUUGAAAUCAGCAGCAUGGAAGACAAUGUCCAUUCCAUUGAAGUCUAUUUGCACCCAGUGGCAGCUUUUGCCAUUAUAGACAGCCACGAGAGGCGCUCGAAAGACAACCAAACCCGAGUCAUAGGCUCACUCCUAGGAACAAAGACGCCUGAUGGAGUGUACGAGAUCUCUUCUGCUUAUCCCGUCCCACAUAGCGAGUCAGAGGAAGAGGUGGCCAUUGACAUGAAAUACGAGCAGUCGAUGUACCAGCUUUAUAAGACCAUCAAUCCAACUGACGUUGUCCUCGGAUGGUAUGCAACAAACUCCACUAUUAAGAUGCACUCUGUCCUCAUUCACGAUUAUUACAGCAAGAGAGACCCGCCUCCUGUCUACCUCACCUUUGAUUGUAAGAUGAGGAGUGGACGAUUAGACAUCAAAGCUUACGUCAGGUGUUCUUUAGGCGUUGAAACAAAAGGCUACAUCUUUUCUCCUAUCCCAAUCAAAAUGGCGUACUACGAUCCAGAGAGAGCGGCUGUCAAUCUACUCAGGCAGAGCAUAUCAACGGAUACUAACGAGACUCCAAUUAAAACUGGUUUAGAACGUUUUGAAAAUGUUCUAGGCAGCCUUGAAGACUCAAUCGAUGGUCUUUUGGCAUACGUAGAGAAAGUGAAGAGUGGAGAUAUACCAGCUGACAGUAAGAUAGGACGUCUUUUGAUGGAGCUCGUUUCAAAAGUCCCCAAAUUGGAUCCAAACCAGUUUGACAAGAUAAUGAACAACACAACACAGGAUCUCCUCAUGAUAGUAUACUUGACUAAUUUGACAAAGACUCAACUGGAAUUAGGCGAACAAGUAGCUCACAUACCUUCUAAUUGAUUCCUAUUAAGAAUUGUGUUUUCAAUGAACAAUAUUAAAUUAUAUAAAAAAAAGAAAUAAAUUUCAUUUGAUGUUGCUUAGCUCUCUCUUUUUCCCCUACUUCUCCAAUAAUGAUUGAAUGUUGAAAGAAAAGAA